AAGAUCUAGAUGCACUAUUGUAAAGUGGCUGUUCCACUGGAUGUCAUAAGGUGAAUGCACCAAUUUGUAAGUCGCUCUGGAUAAGAGCGUCUGCUAAAUGACUUAAAUGUAAAUGUAAAUGUAAAUGUAAAAGACAAUACAAAGAAAAAAAACGAACAUUCUUUUGUAUUUUUUUGUACCAUCAUCUUUGAAAUGCAAGAGAAAGGAAAUAAUGUAUUAUUACAGCCUAGGUGCCAUUUAGAAUUUGGCAACUAUAUGGCAGCAGUGUAUGUGCAAAGUUUUAGACUGAUCCAAGGAACCAUUGCAUUUCUGUUCAAAAUGUUGUCUCAAGACUGCCCAAAUGUACCUAAUUUGUUUAUUAAUAACUUUUCAUGUUCAAAAUUGUGCACUCUCCUCAAACAAUAGCAUGGUAUUCUUUCACUGUAAUAGCUACUGUAAAUUGGACAGUGCAGUUAGAUUAACAAGAAUUUAAGCUUUCUGCCAAUAUCAGAAAUGUCUAUGUCCUGGGAAAGUUUCUUGUUACUUACAAUCUCGUGCUAAUCACAUUAGCCUACGUUAGCUCAACCGUCUCGUGGACAGGACACCUAUCCCGAAGAAGUUUUUAACUGACUGGCUGCUGGCUGUGACAAAGUGUUCUACCAUUAGAGGAAACAGUGUUACACUAUAUGACUCAUCUAGAGGAAAUCCAUUAAGUAUACUGUAGACUAGAAGGAAGCCCGCUGUAUAUUCACACCCUUGUUGCCUUUUUUUACAGAAUGACACCAAACGCCACCAUUCCGUUUGCCCUCGUCACCUCAGCCGCCCGAGAUGACGAAGCCAAGGUGGUGGACAUCGAUGCCAUCAUGAACAAAUUAAACAUUGUCAUUCUCACGCUGACCAUUGUCCUGGGCACCACGGGCAACUCUGUAGUCAUCUGGGUGGCAGGCUUCAAGCUCAAGCCCACCGUCACCAAUGUGUGGCUGGUCAACCUGGCCGUGGCCGACCUCAUCUUCUGCUUGAGCCGUGUGCUCUCGCUGACCAAGAAGCUCUUCUUCGACUACUGGCCGUUCGGCAUCUUCUUAUGCAAGUUCAACGGCUUCUUCAGGUAUACCAACAUGUUCUGCAGUGUGUUCCUGCUCGCUGUCAUCAGCAUGGACCGGACGCUCUGCAUCUGGCACCCUGUCUUUACCAAACGGCGUAGGACGAUCUGCCCCGCCCGCCUGGUGAGCGCCUGCGUGUGGGCUGUGGCGGCCAUUUUGAGCGCCCCCCACUUCGCCUACCGCCAGGUUUACCUCGGCAAGAACAACCUGAGCAAGUGCUCUCUGGAGGACAAUGAGCCAAAAGGCGAUAACAGUGCUAAGCUAGCGCUCUACCUAAUGCGCUUCCUAUGCGGUUUCCUGCUUCCUUUCCUCAUCAUCCUCUGCUGCUACAUCCUAGCAGGGCUAGGCAUCCGACGCACCCGCCUGUUGGGCAAGUCACGCCCACUCCGUAUCCUGGUAUCGCUGGUCUGUGCUUUUGUCCUGUGCUGGGCGCCCUACCACUGCCUCCUACUGGCAAAGAUGGUGAACAGCAACAGUACGUUGGUGACGGGGGGGCUGACAGUGGCCACAGCGUUUACCUACUUCAACAGUUGCGUGAACCCGCUGCUGUACUUCUGUAUGGGGUUGGACAUGAGAGGGUCGAGGUUCAGGCAGACAUUAGAGGGGGUGUACCGGAGAGCACUAGCCAAUGACAGAGAUGGUCGAAACACGCAGCCCAACGAGCGAACAGUGGAUAAUAGAUCUGGCUCUGCGUCACAACCUGCACUCAGUCUCAAUUGAAUGUGGCCCACGUCUGAGGGAAGUCACAUUUGGUAUGAGGAGUGGUUUCAGUCCUUAUUAGCACUAAAUAGGUUUUCCCUAAAUAGGUUUUCCCAACUUGUGUAGACAAACAUUUUUCAUAAUUUGGGAUACAUAUAGACAUAGGGUAACUGUGAAUUUACAUACAUUCUCAAUAAAUCAGUUUCACAUUUUCUAAGUGUUAUGUGACGAAAAUCCCAGAAAGAAAGUGGAACUGUGCCAAGGAAAUAUAAAAUAACAUAUCAGGGGAAGUGGUACAACUUUUGGGGAAAGUCAUAGAUGACUUCAGUCAUGCUAUGUUUUAAUAAGUGUCAUGUUUCAACAGUGGAAAAACAAGGAUAUUUAUUCCCAUUUUCCAUUUCAGCUUUUCCAUUUGGAAUCAACGUCUACUACAGGGCAGCAUCCAGUGGUGGGCCGUCAGGGCCUGCAAGGCCUUCUCUGCUGGCCUAAACAUCAUCAGAAUAUAAAUUUUUUUUAAAUAUAUUUUCCCACAAACAUGUAUUCAAUUAUUCCCCAGAGUAAGAGUUAUAAUCUUCAUUUCAUAGCUUUCCUCUUGGUUGCACUGCUUCCAGCCCCAGGUUGAGAUUUGGAGGGCUUGCCUUUAUGUUAGAUCUUUUAUCUAAUCAUAUUCAGCCAUCAUGUGUUGCCAGGGGUCUGAAAUCUGCCCUCAGGCCUUCAGAAUCAACAGUGCGGGUGCUUGUCGCUUAUAGUGAAUGGAAAUGAAAAUUUAGUGUCAACCAAUUAGCUGUAGAGUUGGCUAUUGUACGCCUGCUGGCUGGCUCCAGUGUUACACAGGAGCCAGCUAGCAGGCGUAGUGCGUGCACGUCUUUUGAUUGGAUUACCAAUAUUGAGAGGCAGGUCCUAUGGAGAUCUAGGAAACUGAAUUUGAUAAACGAAUUAAUUCGCGUACUACUAAGCUGUUUUUUCAACCCACAAUGGCGGAAGGAGGAGAAGAUAUCGAUUUGGUCGAGGAUAUAAUUAUAACGCCAUUCUCAAGACAAACUUUUCAAGAAAAGUUAGACAUUGUAAGGAGAGGUCGCCCGGCGCCACAAAGCCUGUCACAGGCGGGAAAGGGCUUCGUUCGCUCGCCACUUUCAAAGUUUAAACUACGAGCGCUGUCAAUGGGGUGAGCGCUGUCAAUGGCUCCUUGGCUCCGAGAAGCACUGCAAACUGUACUGCUGGGAAUGCCUAUUAUUUGCAAGUGAUCGAUUUGGUGUUUGGAGCCACACUGGCUUUGCAAACUUGAGUUGUCUAACCAUGGCAGCAACGAGACACUAAAGUACGGCUGGGCACUAACAAGCAAUGGUGCUUUUGAAAACUUUUGGGGACACCGGAGUGGAUCUACAGCUCAAAGAACACGUGCGCAGGUCAACGGAGCUGCACAAUGAAAAGGUGAAGGGAAAUAUUGAAAAGACUCAUUGAUUGUGUCAUGUUUUUGUCAAAUGUCAAUUUGUCAAUUUCAAGGUGACGCAACGCCUGGUUAUACUGCAUUUCUGUCUAAAUGUAUAGUGUCUAGAGCCAAGGCAUCAUAAUGAGGUGGAUUAAUUCGGGUGGGACUGUGUAAUACCUCACUGAAGGCCCAGGCCCCAGGCCCACGGCACGCCACUGGCAGCAUCCUUAUGUGCCACCGGUGAAUUUUCCAUAUUGCUGACACCUCAUUCACUCUCAUUGAUUUAAAGAGGGGAAAAUAAAAAGUUGAGAGAAAAUAGAAAGAGAGGUAGAGGGGAGUCAGAAGAAGAGGAUGUGAUCUGGACAACUUGACUUGAGGAAGUGUGGUGGUCGCUUGUUUCUCUUUUAGUCACCACAUUGCUCCUCCUAGUCAGACUGUCUCUAUCAUGUCUCAGUCAUAUGACUGGUCUCUCCUUCUAACUAACUGUAUCAGAGGUGAACACAGAGGCCUAGCUUAAUUAAGCUCUGUGGUUGCCAGAUCCGAUAAAACCGUGUAGUCAUGUUUCCACUUAAUAUGCAAUGUCAGACACCACACUCACAGCGUAAGAAAAAUGAAAACCACAAUUUAAUUCACUUUCUGACUCUCGCUCUCUCCCUCCUUCCCUCUCACUUACUCUCUCUCGCUCUCUCUCUCUCUUUCUCUCCUUCUCCUCUCUCUGAUUAUAUUUUUCAGGACUCUUGUACUAAAAUAUAAAGUAUGAAAGAGACAAUUCAGCUGACAUCUAUUUAUCUUUCGAUAAAACUUCUCAAUGAGAAUCAAAACUGUUUUCCUGUAUUGUCUGAAACUGUGUAGGAUGCAGAGAAACAGAAAUCCCCCUCAGGACAAUGGAGGAAAGGAACAUAAAUGGAUGGGAACAAACAGACAGACCAGCCAGUCUUCUUCUCAUCUUUUUGAUGCUCUGCCCUUUAUCAAUAUAAAAAAAAUUUUUUUUAUCAAUGUGUGUAAAACAAAUUGACCAAUUGCCAUUGUUGAGAAAGUACCAUGCCAAUGGAUAUCGCAUUCUUCAAACAACAUGUUGACCUAUAGGAAGAGGGAACUCCUACUGUAUGUCUGAUUCAUUUGAUUUGUCAGGAGUCAAAAGGUCUUGAAUUGAGCAACAUGUGAAAUAAUAAAAUGGGUUGAAGGCAGUGGGGUGAAUGGUGCUGCUGUGUAUGUAAGUACACAAAUUAGGUUUUCCUUUGCCUCUAUUCCAGCAACAGACAUCCUCUAUAGUUGCUUUUUCACUGGUCAACAUUCACAAGGGGGCGACAGAGGUUUUCUUGGUGUCUUCUGUCGUGGCAGAAUCAGAUUUAGCUAAGUAACAUAGAUAGAUAAGAUGUUAUUUUCAUCAUAUGCUUGUGAGAUACUUGUCAUUAUAAUGGGGCCCUUUGGACUAUAGGAUUGGCAGUGCAUUUUCCCCUUCUGUGAUAGGGCUUAGUAACUUGGGGCCAGAGAGGGGAGAGGUCAGGCUUGUCUUCAUAUGUGAAUGUAUCUGUUAAACCAUGUGGUGCUAUGCAGAAUAUCAGAAGGGGAGGAGGACAGAAUGGAACACUGUCUUCUUAUGGGAAUGUGUCUGUAACUAUUCCUAAACCAUGUGACGGGAUGGCGUUAUUAAUGGGGAACCAGUUAGUUAUCUCAUACAAUGUCUGUACGCCAGUCACUCCCUACUUUUCUCAUAGGGGGAAGGAGUUUGGCAGUGUUUGGAACCAUUGUAUUUCCCCUCUGAGGUUGCCCUUAUCUUGAUCUGGUAUAUGACCUAAGAGGCUCACUGUCUUUUCUGAGCUUAUCCAGGAGGGGGUGUAUUUGAGAUGGGAGUAUCUCAAAUGACAAUUGAUAUAUGCCAUUGGAUGAGGUAAGGUUUUGGUAGACAGUGAAGUACCAAGCAUGAGAUUGAAACCUUGUCUUGGGAGACCAAACUGAACGAUGAUUUAUAGCUGAUGCUGUCUAGCGAUAGGAUACUCCUCUUUCAGGUAAAGGAUUCUUUGUAAGUUGAGAGGGGUGUAUCUUGGCUAUAAAUGAAACUAAGAAUUGUUUUGUAAGCACUCUCAGAGAAUUCAUUUAUAGACACUGAAUUGAUCUGAGAGUCAAAGGGCUUUGGUGAAGCUUAUAUAUAUAUAUAUUAAAGAUGUACAUUAUAAUAUAA